AUGGGGAUGAUUUUGAAGGCAUGGGAGCGUUGCCGAUCUUUAAAAGCUGGCAGUGGCAACAAGAGGUCACCAUUGAAAACCACUUCAAAAUCAUUGUCCGAGAAUUAUGAGAAGGGUCAAAUAGCACCUGUGGGUUGUUUCUCAGUAUACGUUGGACCUCAUAGACAAAGGUUUGUUGUCAAGACCGAGUUUGUUAAUCACCCACUAUUCAAGGCGCUGCUAGAAGAAGCAGAAUUGGAAUAUGGGUUUAAAAGUGAUGGCCCUAUUUGGCUUCCCUGCAACGUUGAUUUGUUCUACAAAGUGUUGGGUGAGAUGGCUUGCGAAGAUGAUCAUGUCAUUACAAGGGCCAAGGGGCUUUCUUCUUUUGUUCUUCGCAGCCCAGCCCGCCUUUUUUGUUACAUAAAUAGAGAUCAUAGUGCAUAUAGCGUUGUGGAUUCGGAAAUGCUGAAAAUAAACCAAUUUCUAUAG